CUGGGCCCAGCGGCCACGUGCUGAGUCUCUCGGGCUUCUGUCGCCACUUCCUUCCCACCUCCCAAGCACGGGGAGUUUCAGCCCCGGUCCGCAGCCUGUUUUCAAGUGCCAGGGCUCGGAAAUAGAGCUGGCGAAUGUAAACAAAGUGCCCCCUGAGGGCGUGCAGAGUGCCCUUCGCUUCUCCCUUGAGUGAACACGGCCAACGGCCCAUAGCUGGCGUUGCGGGAAAGAGAGGCUGCCAGGCAGCGCGAUCUGCUCCUGGACUCCAGAGGUGCCAGUGUUUGUCUCUUGGGGACCACAAGAUGGAAUACAUGAAGGAGCCUGCCACCCUCAGCCAGGGGAAUAUCCUGUGUUGUCAGUGUGGCAUUGCAAUUCCACCAAACCCAGCUAACAUGUGCGUAGCAUGUUUACGUACUCAAGUGGAUAUCACCGAAGGAAUCCCCAAGCAAGUCACAAUUCAUUUCUGCAAACAAUGUGAAAGGUAUCUUCAGCCACCAGGAUCUUGGGUGCAGUGUGCUUUAGAAUCAAGAGAACUUCUGACAUUAUGCCUUAAAAAAAUUAAAGCUUCCCUUACUAAGGUGCGGUUGAUUGAAGCAGGAUUUGUAUGGACUGAGCCACACUCCAAAAGACUUAAAAUAAAGCUGACGGUACAAAAAGAAGUGAUGAAUGGUGCAAUUCUUCAGCAAGUCUUUGUGGUAGAGUAUGUUGUUCAUUCUCAAAUGUGUGAUGACUGCCAUCGAGUUGAAGCUAAGGAUUUCUGGAAAGCUGUGGUCCAAGUCAGACAGAAGACUCUGCAUAAGAAGACUUUCUAUUACUUAGAACAACUGAUUUUAAAACACAGGCUUCACCAGAACACUCUUCGAAUCAAAGAGAUUCAUGAUGGGCUGGAUUUCUACUAUGCUUCAAAACAACAUGCUCAAAAGAUGGUGGACUUCCUUCAGUGUACAGUUCCUUGUAGGUCUAAAUCAUCUCAGCGUUUGAUAUCUCAUGACAUUCAUAGCAACACUUACAACUACAAAAGCACUUUCUCCAUGGAGAUUGUUCCAGUAUGCAAGGACAAUGUGGUGUGUUUGUCUCCAAAACUGGCUCAAAGCCUUGGGAAUUUGAGCCAGAUCUGCGUGUGCGUCCGAGUAACUAGUACCAUUCACAUCAUUGAUCCGAAUACACUACAGAUUGCUGAGAUUGACGGGAACACUUACUGGCGCCAUCCUUUCAACAGCUUGUUCCAUCCAAAGCAGUUGGAAGAAUUUAUUGUGAUGGAUAUCAGCAAGAUCCAAGAGAGAAAACAGGGUGCUGGUGCAGGCAUGAAAUCCAACAAACACACACUUGCUGAAGCCUGGGUACAGAAAACAUCAGAGUUGAACACUGACCAUCAGUAUUUCUGCCGCACUCACCUGGGCCAUCUUCUGAAUCCUGGAGAUCUUGUACUGGGAUUUGACCUGGCCAAUUGCAACCUAAAUGAUGAAUUUGCAAACAAGAUGAACCCCCAUAGUAUUCCUGAUGUGGUUUUGAUCAAGAAGAGCUACGACCGCACUAAGCGCCAGCGUCGCAGGAACUGGAAACUAAAAGAAUUAGAAAGGGACAGGGAGGGCAUGGACACAGAUGAUGAAAGACAAUACCAAGACUUCCUGGAAGAUCUUGAAGAAGAUGAGGCAAUUAGGAAAAAUAUCAAUAUUUAUAAAAAUGCAGUCAUUCCCGUGGAGAGUGACACUGAUGAGGAGGGUAUUCCCCGUAUCAGUCUUGCUGAAAUGCUGGAAGACCUCCAGAUAUCUCAAGAUGCCACUGGUGGAGAAGAUGCUGAUAUGCUGACAGAAUAAAUUAACAGAUGUUGUGACUAAUUUCCCCCCAUAAGUCAAAAACAGUAACUGCAGAAAUCUGUUACUGGCUGUUACACAGAUUCAACAUGCAGAGUUAUGCAAAUCAUUCUAUAAAGUUUUAAACAGAGUUUCAUAAAUACAUCCUUCUCGAAAAUACCAUUAAUGAUUAAUAAACAUCUUGAAAAAGUGCUAGA